AUGCGUAUACUGUUUUCUUGUUUCGCCAAGGUCAUAUGCCCAUUUCUUUGCUCAUUGCCAAGUAUAUCAUCAUCACUCAUAUCUUGCCAUCCCUGUCUCUAUUUUAACCUUUGGCAGUCCAGAGUCAACUGUUUCGCUGCACGAACCAAUCUUCUUGUUUCCCAGAACCAUUUUCCACACUCCUUGGCCUCCUCCCGUUCCCAGUUCAUGUCCCUGGGCACGAAGAGUACGACGUCGCACAACAGUUUGUUGUAUGUCGGAUCACAAGGGGUGCUGCAGGCAGCACUGCCAUCUUCCCAUUCAUCGUCCACAGCAUUGUCCACUUCCAGAUUGAGUGAAUCAGCGAGAGGGUUGGAGGUGGAAACAGGGCUGGAUGUCAAGACCUUGCGCUGCCCGCGUCCAGCUCGCCUCCUUGGACGUGGACGAGGUCCGGAGCUUCUCUCAGGGCCUGUUUGUGUCGCCUGGGUUGACGUGGACGAGGUCGGGACGCAAGAGGGGUAA